UUAAAAACAACAAACCAUUUGGUCUUUGCAAACGGAAUUGAUGCAUAUGUUUAUUUGCAUAUAGAGUCGGGAGGUGAGAUUCAAUCACAAGUGGUCACUGGAGACGCCUUCUAAUGCCAGGUUCGAACUUGCGUACUAAGAGCUGUCCAGCUGCGAUCAGAUCGACCAAGACGCAUGUUAAUGCCAGUCUCCCAUUUUCUCCAGAGGACUCAGCUCAUGUUCAGGACCACUACACUCUGCUGGAGAGACAGAUCAUCAUCGAGGCAACAGACCAGCAGGCUGAGCGUGGAGGGAGGGUGGAAAUCUUCCAGAAGUUUCCCAGAAGAGCUUCGAUCCUCAACAUGCCGUUAAUCACAACUCUGUACUACUGCUGCUUCUACCACUACACCGAGUCUGAGGGAACUUACAGCAGCCCGUUGAACAUCCGUCAGACCUUCAGGAUGUCAGAGAAGCAAUACUUUGUGACGGCGUUGGCGGCGAGGGCAAAGCUAAAGGCGUGGUCAGACGUAGAGGCUCUGUUCACCAGCAGGAACUGGCUCGGCUUCACCAGGAAGAAAUCACCUCUCAGCUUCCAUCGAGUCGUCGACAUCCUGCAGAAAAACUCCGCCCCGACACAGGUGCUGCAGGAGUACGUGGGGCUGGUCGAUGAUGCGGACAUGAGGAUCAAUCUGGCUCAGAAACAUAAAUGUCACGACAUUGUCAUCAACACGUACCGGGACUUGAAGGACCGGCGGCUGUUGCUAGGAUACCGGGAGAAGGUGGAGAGGGGAUCAGCAGAGGAGAGGAAGAUCAACGGGCUGCUUGACAACCCGCAAAUCCGGUGGAAGAACUGACGCUCCAGUGAAAGACUUUUAUUAUGAAACAACGGUGAAAGUCUCUCGUGUGAAGAGACUGUGAAGGUCGUCCGUCACGGUGACGACAGGAAGGACUAAUGCGCUCGCAUCAGCUUCGGUCUCAUUGGUUGCAGAGAGGAGAGCUGGUUUGACUCCUCCCCCCUCAGAGCGCCGAGUGGAGCCGAGUCAGCGUUUCAACAUUCCUUAAAGAAAACUUGAGUUUUUAAAAAAAACAAAACAUGAACAAUAAAAAGAAUAAAAAUAUUUGAACACAUUGGCUGGAU